UGCAAGUAGUAGCCUACUCCGUGCGCCGUCUCCGUGGAUAGGCUACCUAAUUUACAUUCUGUAACAAUUUAAUCUUUUGGCGCUUAUUGGUAGCCCGUCGUUGGACCAUAACAGCGGAAUAAAAAGACCGUGUUUGCCAUAUUCUAACAGGAGUUGACGCACAAGAUGAUGGCAUCCAGGGACAAGUGGCGAGUGUACAAGAGAGUGUGUCUGAUGUUCUUCCUGGCUGUGGUCACCCUGACCGUCGUCCAGAGGGGGAGCUCCAACACCUUCCCCCAGUUCCAGCUAGAGAGGCUGGCCCGCACGCAGCUCUCCGUGGACGCCGACUGGCACAAAAAGAGUGCCUAUGCCCUCGCCAGCCGCUUCUGGAAGCCCACAAAGUUCAGGCAGGAGGCGAGUACCACCACCACAGAGGAGCCCAAUCGCAGCAGCAGCACCCAGGACCAGGUCACCGCAAAGUCCUGGGACAUCACCAGUGCCAACUGCAGCGCCAACCUCAACUUCACCAGCACCGAGUGGUUUGCCGGGCUCGAGCCCAACUUCCAGCAGUUCCUGCUGUACCGGCACUGCCGCUACUUCCCCAUGAUCAUGAACCACCCGGAGAAGUGCUCCGGGGACGUACACCUGCUGAUGGUCAUCAAGUCGACCAUCACGCAGCACGACCGCCGGGAGGUCAUCCGCAAGACCUGGGGCAAGGAGCAGGUGAUCGACGGCAAGCAGAUCAAGACCCUCUUCCUGCUCAGUGCUCCGUCCAAUGAGGCGGAGAAGGCCAACCACCAGAAGCUCCUGGAGUUUGAGGACUACAUCUAUGGGGACAUCCUGCAGUGGGACUUCAUGGAUAGCUUUUUCAACCUCACCCUCAAGGAGACACACUUCCUCAAGUGGUUCUCCACCUACUGCCCUGGCGUGCGCUACAUCUUCAAGGGCGACGACGACGUGUUUGUCAGCGUGCAAAACAUCUUAGAUUACCUGGAGAUCAGCUCUGAUGUGAAGGAUCUCUUUGCGGGCGAUGUCAUAUUCAAGGCCAAGCCCAUUCGGAAGAAGGAUAACAAAUAUUACAUUCCACAGGCCUUGUACAACAAAACCAGUUACCCACCCUACGCCGGGGGCGGGGGCUUUCUGAUGGAUGGCCCCCUGGCCCGUAAGCUGUACCCGGUCUCCGAGGGUCUGGAGCUCUAUCCCAUCGAUGACGUAUUCCUGGGCAUGUGUUUAGAAGUCCUCCAAGUGACGCCAAUUAAGCACAAUGCGUUCAAAACGUUUGGACUGGUGAAAAACAAGAAGAGCAAACUGAACAAAGAGCCAUGUUUCUUCAGAAGCAUGAUUGUUGUGCACAAACUGCUUCCCAAAGACCUGAUGGAUAUGUGGAAACUGGUCAACAGCAAUCUCGUGUGUUCUCAAAAGGCACAACUGUUAUAGCCGAGUGGUUUUUCUUCCAUGAAAUAAACUGUAUCAUUCAGGACAUGUUACUGGGGACAUGAAAUCAGUUUGGUCAACAUGAACUUCUCCUUUUUGUGGAGAAAUUACAUUUUAAAUAUUUUAUUUAUGUGUCCAAUGAGGGGGUGACAAGUGGUGGUGCGUAAAUUAUAAGAUUGUACAAUGUGAAUGUAUUUAUGUAUGCACAUGAAUUUUCACUGGGGACAUUUCAGUAACUUUGGAGGAAGUGCGAUGGCUGUUUUGAGCAGCACAAACAUCAGGUUUGUUUUAAAGGACAACCUUGUAAAAAAAAACUACUCUUGGUGGUGUGAAGAACCACAAAAGAAGGAAGAACUGAGAACUGAGAAAAGAAAUCCUACCUCAUGAAUAAUGUCUUAAAUUUUCUGUUUUGCUGCACACUAGUGGUGUCAACAAUAAUCGAUUCGGGGAUGCAAUGCAAUGCGGGGCAUGGGCGAUACAAUUCAAUGCGACAAGUUCCAGAAUCGAUCCGGCAUUUUUUUAAAGUUUAAAUUACUUCCGUUGAUAUUUUGGGAGCAAAUGAAUGUUAAAUUAAAUAAAAGAACUUCAAAGCAUUGAAAACUGCAAGACUGAUACAGAAAACAGCCAAUAAAUUGUUGCUCAGUAUCUGACUACUUGUAUUGCCUCAUCAUGACUGAUGAAACAUUUGCUUUGCUUUCAGUAGAAAUGUAAUGCAUUGCAAUGCAUUAUAGAAUUGAAUCGGAUCGAAUCGAAUCGAAUCGAAUCGCUACCUUCCGAAUCGGAAUCGAAUCGUGAGGGCAGUGCCAAUGCACAUCACUACUGCACACGUUGCUUUCUCAAUAGGUUAGUUUCUUCCAAUGCUCUUCAAAUGCUCUUUAUAAAGCCAUGGUGCCAUUGCGUACACCCUUGGAGGGGCUAGCACUUUUUUUCAUAUCUCAAUUUUCUCUACAACACUUAAACUAGAAAUGUGCACAUCUUGAAAAUGCUGACACUUGAGCUAAAUUGGGCGGAGGGUAUGCUGUUCUGAAAACUGUGAAACAAGACUGCUGGUACUGGCAUUUGUUCUAUUAAUUCAAAAGUUGUUGCCGAAAUGGGAAUUCAGGGUUUUGGGUAUGACUUUACUUUUGACAUGGAAUGUCAUCUUUAUAAAUGUGUAUAUGACAGUGAUUUUUAUCAAUGUGAUUAUAAAAAUAAACAAUAUCAGUGUAAAGUUAUGUACAUAAAUGAGAAUGGAGUUUGUAAAUAAAUGUCAAUGUCAUUAACUUGUGUAGCCUACUCUAUAUGUUCCCGAUGACAGUUGGAAAUUGAGGUUUGUCUGAAACAAAUAAUGCCUCGAAGUGACUAGAUUAACAGUGACGGUGUGUAUUUAUACCAUCUUUUGCUUUUCAGCUGUGUUUGAGUUGUCUAAAGAAUCCAUUUUACAAAAUGCCAACAUUUCUUUUAUAGAGUAGGUCUUUAAAAAACGUUUUUUUUAGUUGAAUGUCCUGGAUGAAAGGGCAUCCCUAUUGUACAUAAAGAAGUUAACUUAUCAUUUCAGAUUUAUUUGGUCAUUUCGACAGUCUAAUAUAAGAAGUUGAUCCUAUCUCUCUAAGUGAUGAAUUUACACUGAAAAAUGUACACAGCAGAAACAACCAUUAUCAGACAUUUCUUUUGUGAUGUGUCAACUGUUGUCCAUUAGUCACAUGGGGAAGGAGUGGACAUUAAUGAGGGUGACGGCAUACAUAUAUAUGGUUGUUGUCAAACUGAGAUAUUUUCAAAUUGUAGACAUAAGCAUUGUUUUGGAGAAUAAGGUUUGGUGCAGUUUAGUAAAAGUGGA